AUGGUGCGCUUGAGCGUUGUUGCAGCCUUGUUUGCUGCUGUGGCCAACGCCGUUGACUUUGACAAGGUCGCUGUCAACAAGGGAUACGGCCGUUUGCCAGGUGCUUAUAUCUUUGAGUUUGAAGAAGAUCAUGACUGCGCCGACUUCUUCGCCAAAGCAUCGACAGCCGGAAAGACUCGCAUCAAGUACAACUACAAGCUGUUCAAAGGAGCUUCCAUCCAACUCAACGACAUCGACAAUGCCGAGGAUAUUUCCGCACAGAUGGCCUUGAUGCCUGGUAUAAAGAAGAAAUGGCCCGUUCAGGUGUUUAGUCUACCUAAACCAGAGGUCCACUGGACGGGUACACCGGGAAUGGAGUAUACUGCCGUCAAGAAGAGGGGGUUCGAGGAGAGAGAUCUUUCGAAUGAUACGUAUACACCUCAUGUCAUGACGCAGAUUGAUAAGCUGAGGGAUGAGGGCGUGACGGGGAAGGGGCUCAAGGUUGCCCUUGUUGACAGUGGUAUCGAUUAUAAACACCCAGCUCUGGGAGGCUGCUACGGUCCCAAAUGUCUCGUCUCCUUCGGCACUGACCUUGUAGGCGACGAUUACGACGGCUUCAACCAGGCCAAACCCGAUGAUGAUCCUAUGGACUGCGCAGGCCACGGCACGCAUGUUGCUGGUAUUCUCGCAGCGCAAAAGAACUCUAUGGGUUUCACAGGCGCCGCACCUGGUGUGAAACUCGGAUCAUACCGUGCCUUCGGCUGCAAUGGCGAGGCUGGAAAUGAUAUCCUCAUCGCAGCAUUUAACCAAGCCUUUGAAGACGGCGCAGACAUCAUCUCUGCUUCUAUUGGUGGCCCAUCAGGUUGGUCUGAGGAGCCUUGGGCUGUGGCUGUGUCUCGAAUCGUUGAGCAAGGCGUUCCUUGUGUUCUCGCAGCUGGAAACACAGGUUCUGCAGGUUUAUUCUACGCCAGCACGGCGGCGAAUGGAAAGAAGGUCACUGCAGUCGGAUCUUUUGACAAUACCAAGUCUCUGUCACUGCUUAACGCCUCGAGUUACUCCAUCGAUGGCGGCUCUGAGCACGAGUUUGGUCAUUUGGCUGGUAAGCCCAGCGCUUGGAAAGACGUUAAGCUUCCUCUGUGGGCACUCAACUAUGACACGGGUGUCCACGACGAUGGUUGUGACGAAUUUCCCAAAAACACACCCGACUUGAGCAAGUAUAUUGUUCUUCUCCGACGAGGUUCCUGUACAUUCAACGCGAAAGCUGCCAAUGCGGUAAAAGCAGGCGCAAAGUAUGUUUUAUUCUACAGUAACAAAGAAGAACUAGCACCUUUUGAUGUGUCGUCCGUUAAUGGUGUCAAGGCAGCCAGCAUUGUCUCACCAGAACAGGGCAAGGAAUGGAUUGAGGUUCUGAAGAGUAAGAAGAAGAUUGUCCUGAACAUGUCGGAUGGUAGCAACGGCGAUGUUAUCCUCGAACAAAACCCCAACAAUGCCACUGGCGGUGCUGUCAGUGCCUUUUCCUCAUGGGGUCCCACCUGGGAGAUGGACGUGAAGCCACAGUUUGGUGCUCCUGGUGGUAAGAUUUUGUCCACUUAUCCGCGUGAGAUGGGAAGCUAUGCCGUUCUGUCAGGCACAUCUAUGGCCUCGCCUCUAGUAGCUGGCAUUGUGGCCCUUAUCGCUGAGGUCAGAGGCACCCGCGACCCAGCACUCAUCGAAAACCUCUUAUCAGCCAACGCCAACCCGCAGCUGUUUAACGACGGAAAAGCAUUUUACGAAUUUCUUGCGCCUGUUCCCCAGCAAGGUGCUGGUAUUCUUCAGGCUCACGAUGCCGCUCAUGCCAAGGUUCUCUUGUCUCCUUCAAGCCUCUCGUUCAACGACACCGAUAACUUCCCCGACUCGUUGAACUUUACACUUAAGAACACUGGCAAAAAGCAGAUCGACUUGCAAAUCUCUCACGUCCCUGCCGUCACCAUGUUCACGCUCGUCAAAAAUACCAUUUACCCCGAUGACUUUCCCAACGAAUUUGCAACAGAGCAGGCUGGUAUCAAGUUCAGCGAAUCCAAGGUGACGAUCGACGCCGGCGAAAGUAUUGUCAUCGAAGUCCUCGCUACUCCUCCCAAGGGUCUAAACGAGACUCGUCUACCCGUCUGGUCCGGCUACGUAGCUAUCAACGGUACCGACGGCACUUCUCUCUCACUGCCGUACCAAGGCCUUAGUGGUUCGCUGCACGGCUCCAAGGUUCUCGGUCCCCAAGACACGUGGAUUGCAAACUCAACUGAUCCUAACCGCUUCCCCAUGCCUGCCAACACAACCUGGACUCUGCCUAAGCCGGGCACAGCCAACAACCAAACCGACACCCUUCCCGGCUUGACGUGGUUCCUCGCUCUCGGUUCAGCCAAGCUACACGCCGAGAUCAUCCCCGUCACCACCGAAAAGCCAUCUGGCGAGACCAAAGCGCGUGUUAUCGGUGAACCCGUUGACUUUCCAAUGCUCUGGAACGCCAUGGGUGCGAACUCCCAAGCCUUCACUGGCGAGCUUGCAGACGGUACAUUUGCGCCUGCGGGACAGUAUGUUGUUCGAUACAAGGCGCUGAGGAUCUUUGGAGAUGAGAAGAAGAAAGAGGAUUGGGACGAGGCGUAUUCGCCCGUGUUUGGGAUUGAGUAUAAGAAGUAG